AUGGCUGCACCUACCAUUGCGGUGGAGGCCACGCUGAGCACCUAUUUAAAUGGACGAUAUCCUCCUUCACUUGGUAUCUCUGAAAUCAUUCAGUUUGCCUGCUUAUUUGAGCACUUUGCGCCUUAUGAGUUUUGGUUGUUUUCAGUAGCGGCUAGCGGAGCGAGGUAUUUGCAAGGCGGUGAAAAGGAAAGGCUAUCACUGACUCCGAGUAUAGCGUACUGGCAUGAGAAGCUGCCCAUGACGCCCAUUCCACAGAGUCUGUGGGAACUUAUCUCACCUGAUGAAGUGAAUGUUGCAAAGGAAGGAGUGAAUUCGAUACGCUUGGUGCAGGAAUUAGAAAGCACUCCCAAAACUGAAAACCCUCCAGACCGUUCUUACGCUGCAGACAGACUCCCUUUCUUUUACCGUUCUUAUGCUGCAGAUAAAUCAGAUGAAUUGCCUUUCUUUUACCGUUCUUAUGCUGCAGAUAAAUCAGAUGAAAUCCCUUUCUUUUACCGUUCUUACGCUGCAGAUAAAACAGAUGAAUUCCCGUUCUUUUACCGUUCUUACGCUGUAGAUAAAUCAGAUGAACUCCCUUUCUUUUACCGUUCUUAUGCUCCAGAGAAAUCAAAUGAAAUGAAAUCGGAUGAAAUCCCUUUCUUUUACCCUUCUUAUACUGCAGAUAAAUCAAAUGAAUUACCUUUCUUUUAUCGUUCUUACGCUGCAGAUGUGCAAAUGCCAACAACGCACUCAUCGCAGAGCGUAUUUCUGCUGGAGAAGGAUUUGGUGAGUGGAACCAAAAAGUAUCUAAGCUAUUCCAACACUCAGAAGAUGCAUUUCCUUCCACGCUCCGUGGCAGAUAAAAUCCCUUUCUCCUCCGACAACCUCUCUGUGGCGUUGAAGGAGCUCAAUAUAGCGCCAGAUUCUGACAUGGGUCUUGCUAUGAAGCAGACCUUAAAAGUAUGCGAAGCUCCUCCGGUGAAGGGCGAAACCAAAUACUGCGCAACAUCGCUGGAGUCCAUGAUUGACUACAUCACUUCGAAGCUGGGAAGCAAUGGCGUAACCGUGCUGGCGACGAAUGUUCCAAAGGGGAAGACAUCAAAAUCUGUGAAGCACCAAUAUUCCAUCACGGGAGUGCAAUACAAGAGCCAAGGAGAGAAGCCAGUGUAUGUCUGCCACACUAUAAAAUAUGCGUACGCAGUGUAUUUUUGCCACGAAUUGCAAGGCACCAAGAUCGCAAGAGUUUCGGUGAAAGGCGAAGAUGGCAGCAUGGUGGAGGCGGCGACCAUCUGUCACACGGACACCAGCGCCUGGAAUCCGAAACACGUGGCAUUCCUGGUGUUGAACGUCAAGCCUGGUGCUGCUUCUGUCUGCCAUUUUAUUCCCGAAAACCACUUUGUGUGGCUGGGAGCCAACUAG